UAGGCGGAGAUAAUAAAAAUAAGGCAGCCAGGCAAGUUGGCUUCUUCGUAAAUUAUCCGUUCCGUCCAGUUGAAAAAAAAGAGCAAAAUCUAGACCAGCCCGCAAGGAAUCGAGAAGGCGACAUAACUUUUGAGUCAGAGGAAAACCACCAUUUCGAUUUGCGGAUUUUGCCUUGUAGUUGCACCCUGCCCACACCCUCCCCCUGCAAGCCACCCACUUGCAGCACCACCACCCACAAACAAAAUAUAAAAUAUAUUUACGACGCAAAAACAAAACAAUCGAAUCGGCGCACCAGCUGUUCGGCUAUCGAACCGCACUAUCGAUCUCACGCACAUGAGCAACGUUGGCGAGGAAGAAGAAGCAGCAGCAGCAAGGAACCUAAAAAAAUAACUUACAGGCACUGGUAGCCGAGCUCUUUGUGGGCCGAAAGAUGUCUGUGAGACUGCUGACCGUGCGACUGAUCAAACAUGGUCGCUACAUUUUGCGCAGCUACUGUAAACGUGAUAUACACGCCAACAUUUUGGACCAGAAUCAAUUGAAGACGAGAAGCAAGCGCGGCUUUCCCCUACCCUCCGCCUCCGCCGCCCAUGUGCCGCGGACGACGCCCCAGCAGGCGGCCAAAUCGGUGGUCAAUGUAGUGCCUCCUAGUGCAGGAUCUCCGUUGGGCGGGAGGAGCCCCUCCAGCGGCCUCUUCCGCGUGGGCCAGCAUGCCCGCAAACUGUUCAUCGACAACAUCCUCAGCCGGGUGACCACCGCCUACUCGGAGGAUCUGCGCCAGCGGGCCACGCGACGCCUCUUCUUCGGCGACUCGGCUCCCUUUUUCGCCCUGAUAGGCGUGAGUUUGGCCUCCGGCGGCGGUGUCCUCAGCAAGGAGGACGAACUGGAGGGCGUGUGCUGGGAGAUUCGCGAGGCCGCCGGCCGAUUGCAGCGGGCCUGGAACCAGGACGACAUCUCCGAGACGCUGGACAGCAGGUUCAGCAUCGAUGAUUUGGAAAUCGGGCCGCCCAUUGCCAAGGGCUGUGCCGCCGUCGUCUACGCGGCGGGAUUUAAGAAGGAUGCGGAUUUAAGCAGCCAGCCCUCCGAUGUGGAGACACCAGCCGUUGCUCCAAAUAGCUGGAGUGGCCAGGAGAUGUUGAUGUCGCCGCUGCAGAACAUGUCGCGCUUCGUGCACAACUUUGGCGGCUCUGUGGACAACAUCUUUCACUACAGUCAGCCCUCGGCGGCCAGCGACUUUGUGGGCGCCCAGGAGAGGGAGCAGCAGCAGGAGCAGCAGGAUCCCAGAAGCAGUGCCUUAAAUGAGGUAAAAACAAGAAAGGAAUAUAUUAUAUACCCUUGCAGAUUAUUUCUAUUCAUUUACAAAUCGCUAAAUUCUAAAAGAUAUAGUUGUUCGAUCCGGCCGGUUCCGAUUUAUAAUUCCCCGCGGAACAGUUCGAACAACUAUCCACUGGCCCUGAAGAUGAUGUUCAACUACGACAUCCAGAGCAACGCCUUGUCCAUCCUGCGCGCCAUGUACAAGGAGACAGUACCCGCCCGCCAGCGCGGCAUGAACGAGGCCUCCGGCGAGUGGGAGCGCCUGCUGCAGCGCCAAACGGUCGCCCUGCCGCCGCAUCCGAAUAUCGUCUGCAUGUUCGGCUUCUUCUGCGACGAGGUGCGCAACUUUCCCGACGGCCAUCUCCUGUAUCCGGUGGCCCAGCCGCCGCGGAUCAAUCCGCAGGGCUACGGCCGCAACAUGUCGCUGUAUCUGCUGAUGAAGCGCUACGAUCACAGUCUGCGCGGCCUGCUCGACAGCCAGGAGCUGGACACGCGCACCCGCAUCCUGCUGCUGGCCCAAAUGCUCGAGGGCGUGAACCAUUUGAGCCGCCACGGGGUGGCCCAUCGGGAUCUCAAGUCGGACAACGUGCUGAUCGAGCUGCAGGACGAUGCCUCGCCGGUGCUGGUGCUCUCGGACUUUGGCUGCUGCCUGGCGGACAAGGUGCACGGCCUGCGGCUGCCCUACGUCUCGCCGGACGUCGACAAGGGCGGCAAUGCGGCGCUGAUGGCGCCGGAGAUCUUCAACACGCUGCCCGGUCCCUUUGCCGUCCUCAACUACGGCAAGGCGGACCUGUGGGCCUGCGGUGCGCUGGCCUACGAGAUCUUCGGCAGCCGCAAUCCCUUCUACGCGAGCGUCGGCGAGCAGACACUGUCGCUGCGGAACAGCGACUACCGGCAGGAGCAGCUGCCGCCGAUGGGCGACGCCUGUCCGCCGCUGCUGCAGCAGCUGGUCCACAACAUCCUCAAUCCCAACCCGUCGAAGCGGGUCAGUCCGGACAUUGCGGCGAAUGUGGUGCAGCUCUUCCUGUGGGCCCCCUCCAAUUGGCUCAAGGCGGGCGGCAUGCCCGGCAGCUCGGAGAUCCUCCAGUGGCUGCUCUCGCUGACCACCAAGAUCAUGUGCGAGGGCCGUCCGCAGCUGGCGGCGGGCAGCUGGGCAGCCGCCGCCGCCGCCGGCAGACGCGCCUACGUGGAGUACCUGCUCAUCUGCAGCUUCCUGGCGCGCGCCCGCCUGCGUCGCAUUCGCGGCGCCCUCAACUGGAUCCAGAAUGCGGUGGUGGCGUAGGCGCUGCCUGCCCAUCUAUCUACCUGUUACCCUGAGAAAAUCAAAUGGAAAAGCGUGUGAUACCUAUAUUUUACAUAUGUAUUUAUAAAUCAAAAAUCGAAA